AUGGACGAUCCUUCUGUUAUUUUUCUAAACAAGUCAAGUGGAAUCACUUCUCAUACAGCUAUAAAAAAAAUCCAGGAAAUACUUCAAUGUAAAAAAAUAGGACACAGUGGAACAUUGGAUAAAUUUGCUUCUGGCCUCGUUAUUGUGUUGCUCAAUAAGGCAACCAAGCUUAGCAGUUUUUUUCUUACGCAAAAUAAGAGCUACCAUGCGGAGAUAUAUUUUGGCAUAGAGACAGAUACGCUUGAUCCAGAAGGAAAACCUAUUCGUAGGGGAGCGGUUCCUAGCCUUAGUGAUAUCAGUUGUGUUCUUGCUGAUUAUUUCAGCGGGAGCAUAGAACAAGUUCCGCCCCUCUAUUCUGCAGUGCAUGUUCAUGGAAAGCGUGCAUCUUCUCUUGCAAGACAAGGAUAUAGCCCUGCACUAAACUCAAGAAAAGUGUGCAUACAUAGCUAUUCAAUAGUAAAAUACGCAGCUCCCUUGCUUAGUAUUCUGUUUACUGUAUCAAGUGGAACUUAUAUACGUGCUAUAGCAAGAGAUCUAGGUGUAUUGUGUAAUUCUGCUGCGUAUCUUCAUGCUUUACAACGUACAUCCAUUGGUAACAUACAGCUUACUGAUGCAGUGCAAUUAGAGCAUAUAGCACAGCAGAGAAUGCCAGCUAAGCAGGGUACAAUAGUACAUAGUGCUGUAAAUGCGCUGGAAAAGAUAGCUCAAGUACAAAAAAUAUAUGUGCAUGAUCUGCAUGAAAGAGAGAGGGUGCAGAAUGGUAUGCUUCCAUUACCUUUAGCGAGUGCAUCGAAAAACGCAUCAAAAGACAAGGACUUCCUUGCUCUCUAUGAUACGCUAGGGUGCUUGGGUGUAUGGCAUAAUGGUAAGGUGUGCAAGUCAAUUUUUCAUAUAUAA